AUGACAAUGGUCGCCUACCGCCCUUUGCAGUACAAGGGAGCGUCAGGGGCCCCCCUAGGGACGUGGGGACGAGUUGCAUUGGGGGGGGCCCCCGUAUGCACUUGCGAACAGUUGUUGGACAUCGUUGCAGAAUCGACAACAAACCGCCGAGCACUGUGUGUGACUACUGUUGAAACCAUCACGGCAGCAAAGGUGGAACGACUGCUUCAAACUCCGCAUUUUAUGCUGCUGCUGCUACCGUCUCAAGGAGAGUUCUUGAGCGCUACGGCAGAGAAGGAAAUGCGAGAAAUCGAGAAAAUGCUGCUGGACAGACACAGCAGCGCCGCCAUUGCUUUUGGAAGGCAGAAUGCUAAUACGGAUAUUCUGCUGAGGCGCAUCCGAGAGGACGAUGAUUUAAGGUCCUUGGCAACCGCUCUGAGGCUCUACACUGCCUUACGCAACAUACGAACGUCAAGUUGUCAAAGGCUGAAGAGCCAGCAAGCUGCUGCUCUGUGCUGUUUCUUUCUCGUUGCAGAGGCAUCGGCGCUGGCGCCCAUGAAACCUCCCCUGUUCCGGCCCUUCAUUUCGGCCUUUGCGGAUUACGUGCAGGAGUGGAAGCCAGUUCAAACUGUCAAAGGCUUGACCCUUACAGCAUGGCUCAGGGGGCAGCCAGACGAGAGCGAAUCGCAUGCCCCCACGCUCGUCUUUGUGGCUCAUCACGACGCAUUCGCCUGUGUUCCUCACUUUGCAACGGCUGUUAGUUCAAGCGCCAGCGGGCUCGCAGUCCUGUUGGCCUUAGCCCGUGAACUGCGAAAGCUCUUUGCCGAGAAGCAGGCCGCAUACAACAUCGCCUUCGUUGUCGCAGAUGCAGGGGCCCUCAACUAUGGGGGAGUCGCUGAGUGGAUUGGCUCUGCGGAAUCGAGUCUGCUGAACGCCAUUAGCUAUGCUCUUUGUCUCGAUAAUUUGGCUGCUCACGCCUUGACGCUUCACACGCCAAAGGCCUACAAAGAUCCAGAGGCUGUGCGCUUCCUGGGGGCAUUGGAGAGAGCCUUGCUGGCUGAAGGUAUUGAUUUGGCUGUUAAAACGAAAAAGCUCGCCGUAGGCGAGAGGGCGCUACCGCUUUGGCCUCAUGAGCUCUUCACGAGGGCCAAAGUCAUCGCCGGAACUCUUUCUGCAGAAGCCGAGGUGAAGCAUCUGUGGAACCGACAAGGGCUUACAGACGACCAUCUAGACAGGGUUGCACUGGCGAAGGCGGUACGGGGCCUGGCGGAGGGCACUGCGCGUUUUCUCUGGCACGCAGAGUCUCCCAAAGAUCGACUCACCUUCCGCGAUGGAUCCACUACCGUCCCUCGGCUCCUCGCUGCGUGGCAGCAACGCGCCGCAGCUUCCCCGAGAUUCGUGGCGUAUCGGCAUCUCGAGGCUUAUCAGGGCUCGAACGCUUCGCCGCUUUAUUUCCUCGAGGCCAUAGAGGCAGAGCUGCACGAUGUCGGACUCGUCACGGAGAGGCACGAGUUUGAGGUGGACAUGGCUGGCUUCGGCUUCUCCUAUGAACCGCCUAUUUCCGUGAUGUUUGCGGAAGCCCGCUCAACCUUCUUUGAUUGGCUGGUGCUUUUGAGUGCUCUGCUGUACUGCCUCAUUAUCUACCUGGUCAUCCGGGGGGGGUUCCCCAGUGGCAGCGCCGCUUCGUAUCUCUUCGCCGCGCUUCCGUUUCUCGGAAGCCAACAAGCCUCUCCAGCCACUGACUUGAAGUCCAAAAAGGCCCCCUGA